AGGCGCGAAACGGCCGUGACGAGCAGCCGGAUAUUUAAUACUGUUCCAACGACGCAUCCCGACGCCCAACCGCCGUUCCAUCCCAAGCAAGGGUUCUCCCGCAGCAUGACAGCAGCAGCAUCCUUUGUCGCCGUCCUGCUCCUCUUCGCUGUCGCCACCAUGGGCCAGACCAGUGGGUCAUGCCCGAUCGCAAUCGCCAGCCAGUUCCGAGUCGGACAGAUUCCAUAUGGACCAUACGGCCUCGGCGCCAUCAUCACGAUCCCAUACACUGCCUCUGGAAGCAGCCUAGUUCAGAUAUCCAACGUCAAGUACAUUCCGAGCCUCGACACCGCUGUGCCGUUCAACGCUGCGUUCUCGCCUGUAUCCCUGACGGCCACGCCCUCCGGCAGCAUCUCCAUUACCGUCCCUCAGAACAUUGCGGACCUCUCAGGGAUCACGAUCGGGACUUACAACUUUUCGCUCUCGAUCAAGUACGUGGAUUCAACCAGCCCGACGGGAUAUACCAACUGCCUCGUACAGACCAAUGUAUUUGCGAUCGACUCGACGACCUCGGCUACGUCCACAUCUACAUCUACAUCUACAUCCAUGAUCCUGGCCACAACUACGAGUUCCCAGAUACCGAUGACGUCCAUCGUAGCGACGAUGACCACUCUGGCCUCGUGCAUUGAGGUGUCCACCCAAGCGGCUUCCACGACGGCCCCAACGACGACGGCGGUAACGACCACCACAACUGCAGGCACAACGUCGGCGCUCACAACCACCACCGUUGGGCUAGUGUCGACAACGAUCGCAGGCACGACCACGGCGGGUCCUGUUCCUACUCCUACCGAUUGCAUAACACCUACGCCUACACCAACUCCGAGCACCUGUCCGACUGGCACAAUAUCCGUGGGCGACUCUUGCUCGGUUGGAUCCGGGGCGACAUGCUCCGGCUCGCAAAUCGCCUACUGCGAUGGCAAUGGUACCUACGAGCUGUUCAACUGCCAGGCUGGAACCUCGUGCAUGAUCAACUCGGCCGGGUAUGCGCUGUGCCAGCGAAACGAUCAAAAUCCGUGCACCACUCCCAGCCAGGGAUGCUCGCUCUAUUCGAUGCGCUGCUCCUCCACGCAGAGCUAUCAAAUCUGCAUUCCGGUGACCUCGUCCCAGAAUGGGUACAGUCCAGAGCUGUCCUGUCCGCAAGGCACAUACUGCACCACAUCGGCCGGCUCGAUGAUCACUUGCGUCUAGCCCAUGAUUCACACAUAUCUCUGGUCGCGCUGAUCCUGGCUAUGGUGAGGCAUUGCGGCGCCAGGAGUCGCCCUGUGGCAUACUCUUCUCUACCUCCGUGCUCUCUAUAUGCAUUCGCGUUGACUUGACUAUAUUUUCACUCUGCCAGUAGAGCCAGCCCAAGGCGAGACAGGGUGGUCUGGAUUUUGGAGUCGGUCG